GUUGGCUCCGAAGUCCUUCGGCCUUACCCUUCCAGGACAGUGCUGUUCUCCAAGAGAAAAGCCAGGAAAAGAAGGCGAAAAUGGCAGUUGAAGUAGUGAAAGCCAUACCUCAGGACUUGUUGACAUUCAAGGAUGUAGCAAUAGACUUUUCCCAGGAGGAAUGGGAAUGGCUGAACCCUGCUCAGAAGAGUUUAUACAGGAGUAUGAUGCUGGAGAACUAUCAGAGCCUGGUAUCAGUGGGACUUUGUAUCUCUAAGCCAUAUGUCAUCUCCUUAUUGGAGCAAGGGAAAGAGCCUUGGGAGAUGAAGAGUGAGAUGAGAAGAACCCCAUUCCCAGAUUGGGAAUCUGUAUAUGAGACACAAGAAUUACCUCUGAAGCAGUUUGUGUGUGAUGAUGUAUUAAUGGAGAGAAUUAUAAGCUAUGGACUUGAAUGUCCCACUUUUGGAGAAGAUUGGAAAUGUGAAGAUCUUUUUGAGAGGCAGUUGUUAAGCCAAGAGACAUUUAUCAGGCAAGAAACAAUCACUCAUAAAGAAACCCUUACAGUGGAAAUAGACCACAAAUAUAACAAAUCUGGGAAAUUUGUCCCACUAGACAAUAUAGAAGAGAAUAUUUAUAAUCACAAGUCAGAUAAAAAUAGCUUUUCCAAAAAUUCCAUGGUAAUAAAACACAAGAAAGUCUAUGCAGGAAAGAAACUUUUUAAAUGUGAUGAAUGUGAGAAGACCUUCACCCAGAGCUCAUCCCUUACUGUUCAUCAGAGAAUUCAUACUGGAGAGAAACCGUAUGAGUGUAAGGAAUGUGGGAAAGCCUUCAACCAGAGUCAACACCUUGCCCAGCACCACAGAAUACAUACUGGAGAGAAACUGUUUGAAUGUAAGGAAUGUAGGAAAGCCUUCAGCCAAAAUGUUCACCUUAUUCAACAUCAAAGAAUUCAUACUGGAGAAAAACCAUAUAAAUGUAAGGAGUGUAGAAAAGCCUUCAGCCAGCCUGCACACCUUGCUCAGCAUCAGAGAAUUCAUACUGGAGAGAAGCCCUAUAAAUGUAAGGAAUGUGGAAAGGCCUUCAGUGAUGGCUCAUCCUUUGCACGACAUCAGAGAUGUCACACUGGCAAAAGACCCUAUGUAUGUAUUGAAUGUGGGAAAGCCUUUAGGCAGAACACAUCCCUUAUCCGUCACUGGAGGUAUUAUCACACUGGGGAGAAACCCUUUGACUGCAUCGACUGUGGGAAAGCCUUCAGUGAUCACAUAGGACUUAUUCAGCAUAGGAGAAUUCAUACUGGAGAGAAACCCUACAAAUGUAAUGUGUGUGGAAAAACCUUCAGCUAUGGCUCAUCCCUGACUGUCCAUCAGAGAAUUCACACAGGAGAGAAACCGUACGAAUGUGAUAUCUGUGGGAAAGCCUUUAGCCAUCAUGCCUCACUCACUCAGCACCAAAGAGUGCAUUCUGGAGAGAAGCCUUAUGAAUGCAGGGAAUGUGGGAAAGCCUUUAGGCAGAGCAUACACCUUGCUAGUCACCUGAGGAUUCAUACUGGUGAAAAACCCUAUGAAUGUAAAGAAUGUGGAAAAGCUUUUAGCAUCAGUUCACAGCUGGCUACUCAUCAGAGAAUUCAUACUGGAGAGAAACCUUAUGAAUGUAAGGAAUGUGGCAAAGCUUUCAACCAGAGAGCACACCUCGCACAGCAUCAUAAAAUUCAUACCGGAGAGAAACCUUAUGAAUGUACUGAAUGUGGGAAAGCCUUCAGCCAGACUACCCGCCUUAUUCAACAUCAGAGAGUUCACACGGGAGAGAAACCCUAUAAAUGUACUGAAUGUGGGAAGGCCUUUAGUGAUAGCUCAUCCCGCUCUCAGCAUCGGAGACUUCACACUGGCCAAAGGCCCUAUGAAUGUGUUGAGUGUGAGAAGGCAUUCAGAACAAAAUCGUCGCUCAUUUGUCAUCAAAGAUGUCAUACAGGGGAGAAACCUUAUGAAUGUAGCGUGUGUGGUAAAGCCUUUAGCCAUCGGCAAUCCCUUACCGUUCAUCAGAGAAUUCACUCUGGAGAAAAACCGUAUCAGUGUAAGGAAUGUAGGAAAACCUUCAGCCAGAUUGGACACCUUAAUCUACAUAGAAGAAUCCACACUGGAGAGAGAUCUUACGAAUGUAAGGAAUGCAGAAAGGUCUUCAGACAAAAUGCGCACCUUGCUCAUCAUCAGAAAAUUCAUGCUGUAGAGUCAUCUCGGGCCCCCAGCUCUUCCUCACCCUCUGUGUCACCAAGUCCUGUCGAUAUGUCUGCUGAAUAUUUUUGGAAUUCAUCCACAUCUUUCCAUUCUCGUUGCCCUAGUCCAAAACACUGUCAUUUCACCUGGACUAUUCCAAUUGUCUAAUAACUGGUCUCCUUGCAUCCUCUUUUGUCCCUUUCAAGUUCAUUCUUCACACUACUGCCACAGUGGUCUUUUCAAAAUGUAAAUGUAAUUUUAUGACUCCCUUAAAACCCUUGCUAUGAAAUUUUGAGCUACUUGAUGCAUACAAAGUGCUCAGCACAGUGCCUGACCCAGACUAAGUGCUCCAUAAUGUUAGCUCAGUAUCCUUCAGAGUCUGCUUGAAAGUUAUUUUUAAACAGUGAACUCUGGAAAGCAGUAUAUGUACUUGGAGAUGAUAACAAUUUUGGAACUGAAACAAUGUGGAUGAUGAGGAUUAGCAUGAGUAGUAUGUUUAAAGCUUGAGAUCACCACAAAAUAAGGCUGUGUUCCUUUGUUGGUGAGGAAAUUCAG